UGCGCCGAUUGCACUCUGCGUGUGACAUGUAACUGCACCAGUCUCUCAUAGUCAGCGAUUGAUAGUAACUACUUCCCCUCGCUGGUUAGAUAGAGAUAGAUACAGAAGAAGAAGAAGAAGAAGAAGAAGAAGAAGAAGAAGAAGAAGAAGAAGAAGAAAAUACAGGGAGUGCAAAACCCAAUCGCACCACAUUGAAACCUGCGAAGAUCAGCCACCAGAGAGCAUUUCAAGUUGCCACCAGCGGCUCCAGCGUGAAGCGCUGCUGCUCGGGCUAACGGAGGGGAAACAUAAAGUCAGCAUAGAAAUGGCAGGUAUAGUCACUUGGUUUUGGAAUGAAAGAUUCUGGCUCCCUCACAAUGUAACCUGGGCAGAUUUAAAAAGCACAGAUGAGGCGACCUUCCCCCAAGCCGAGGAUCUGUACCUGGCCAUCCCUUUGGCGUCCUGCAUCUUCAUGGUCCGCUUGCUCUUUGAAAGGUUUAUUGCAAGGCCUUGUGCCUUGGGGUUACAGAUACAAGGCAGUGGACCGCAGGGAGCCCAGCACAAUGCCAUUCUGGAGAAGGUCUUCACUGCAAUCACCAAGCACCCGGACGAGAAGAGGCUGGAGGGCCUCUCCAAACAGCUUGACUGGGACGUGCGGACCAUUCAGCGCUGGUUUCGACAGCGGCGCAACCAGGAGAAGCCCAGCACCUUGACGCUGUUCUGCGAGAGCAUGUGGAGAUUCACAUUUUACCUCUACAUAUUCACCUACGGAGUACAAUUCCUGAACAAGACCACAUGGAUAUGGAAUACCAAAUAUUGCUGGUACAGUUACCCUUAUCAGCCUCUGACUGUGGAUCUUCACUACUACUAUAUCCUCCAGCUUUCCUUCUAUUUGUCCAUGCUGUUCAUGCAGUUUGCAGACAUCAGGAAGAAGGACUUUUUACUCAUCCUGAUGCAUCACCUGGCAACCAUUUUGCUGGUUACCUUUUCCUAUGUUAAUAACAUGGUGCGCGUGGGAUCCCUGGUCAUGUGUCUCCAUGAUGCUGCUGAUGUCCUGAUGGAGGCAGCUAAAAUGGCGAACUACGCAAAAUGCCAAAGAGUGUGCGAUGUCGUGUUUGUCAUAUUUGCCUUGGUCUUUGUAAGUUCCAGACUGGUUGUGUAUCCUAUUUGGAUUUUAAACACUACCUUGUUUGAAAGCUGGGAGAUCAUAGGCCCGUACCCAUCCUGGUGGGUGUUCAACUCCCUGUUGCUGUUACUACAGGUGUUACAUGUCUUCUGGUUUUACCUCAUAGUGAGGCUCCUCUGCAGGGCAGUCUCCAGAGGCAAGGUGGGGAAGUGGAAUCCCUUACAUUCAUCUUCCAGGAUGUCUGCUCACGCGGAGUCCAGCUCUGAAGAAGACGAUGUUUCCGUCGUCGCUGAGAAGCUCCAUCACGGCACCCCGGAAGCUACAAACGGGACCAACGGCUGUCUCUUGGGACCAGUUUCUCUGGACGAACACUGACUAGCCCCAUCUGUG